AUGUGGGGCACUAAAGGGCCAAAUAGAAAAGUGGAUUUGGAGAUUCAUGUCAUUUUUAGCUCCAACAUGGCUCGUCUACUGCGGUCAUUACAGCGAUUGCUGGGAAAUAACCCCAGUCCCGCAAUCUCUAUCACUCCCCCAAUUUCUAGUGUCGCCCGAGCCCGAUCUAUUGAUACCGACUUCUCUAUUAUUAAAGAGGGUGACCAGGUCUUAUUACACACCAAACAGCCCACAUUGACAAAACCAUUGAAAAAAGGAGGCAAGACAAAUCUUCGUCGAGGACAUCUGGAUCACGAUCGCGCCAUUGGCAGUCGCGUAUGGGACGCAGUCCAGGCACACAAGGGUCCAGAUGUUCGAUUGAGCCUUCCAACCUUAGAGGAAUAUGUCACACUGACUCCUCGCUUGGUGACACCGAUCUAUGCCCAUGAUGCCAACUUGAUCGUCUCCCUCCUAGAUAUCCACACCUACCCAACCGCCCCAAAUGAUACCCAACCUCCGAUCGAGAUUCUCGAAUCCGGGACAGGACAUGGAUCCUUGACAUUACAUCUGGCGCGCGCCCUCCACGCCGCCAACACUACUCCACCGCCUCGGCCAACCCGUUCACAGAUUCAGUAUGUGGCCGGCCGGAAUCGAAGCCCAACGGAGAACUCUACACCAGAACCAGACCAGCAAGUCUCGACAGAGAACGACCCGGCACAACAGGAAUGGGACGCGUGGCGGACAGAGCGCGGCGCCAUAAUUCAUACAGUGGACGUUUCAUCAAAAUUCGCCAAGCUUGCCGAGAAAAACGUCAACGGGUUCCGCCGCGGAAUCUACUCGGGCAGUGUUGAUUUCUAUGUCGGCGCAGUGGAAGAAUGGAUUAACGCGCAAGUCGCCCGGCGCGCCAAACCGGCUGAGCCCGUGAAGCCCUUCUUGACAUACGCUAUUUUGGACAUGCCAUCUGCCCAUGAACGUAUCCCAUUAGUGAAGGAUAUCAUUCAUCGGGAUGGAAAGCUGAUCGUUUUUGCGCCUAGCAUUACGCAGAUUGGUGACUGCGUACGGAUGAUCCAGAAGAUGAACAGGCCCUUUGUCUUGGAUCGCGUCGUUGAGCUUGGCUCUGGACUGACUAGUGGCCGAAACUGGGACGUUCGUCUCGCUGUUAAGAAGUCUGGCUCCGAUCCUUCAACUUGGGAAUCAGCUACCGAAGGCGAGGAAGCUGUUCCCGCUGAGGAUGAGGCGUCGGAUUCGGAAGCCAUUCCCAGUGUGGAGCCUUCGGCCCCAAGUUCUGCGUUUGAUGAGUCAAAUUCUGUGAUGGUCUGUCGGCCCAAGGUUGGUCUGCGCACCAUGGGUGGUGGGUUUGUGGGAGUUUGGCGUCGUAUCGAAGAUCGCUCUUGA